CAUUCGGUCGUCCGUCUGUCCGUCAUCAUCGUCGUCGUCGUCGUCGUCAUUUGACACAUGGGCAUAACUAUAUUAUAUAUAAUAUAUUAUAUAGCUGCUAUUUUUAAUAAUAAAUAUUAUAUUCUAGUGUAGUGUUUCAAGUGCAAUAAACGUGUUCGUACAUAUAUAUUAUAAUAUAGUAUAUUACCGCAUAUACGCGUAUUAUAUAGUGUGUGAAAUCGCAUACAAUGAAUUUCGUAUUGUUUAUGUUUUUCCGCGAUAAUAUUUCGCCAUAAUAACUAUACAUUUGUAUGUAGUGCGUACUGGACGUGCUCUCAAGUGGGUAAAAAACGAAAUUAUAUCAGUGAAAACUAUCGGUCACGUGAUACCGGUGAAUGUUAUACAAAGUACACUAGCGAACAGUGUAUUGGAAGGCCGGCCACAGGUAGUGACCUCGGCAUUGAAGUCUCUUCGCCGAGACAACGUCGUUCAACAGUUAUCGUGUGUACGACUUCCUGACUGAUGGAAAAAUAGCCGCGUUGUAUAAGUAAUACGAAUGAUUAUUAUUUAUCACUGAAAUAAACUAUCUAUCAAGUAUAGAAGUAUUGUGUUUACUCGCGCCCGAAAACCGCACAGUUGUUGUUCUCACUGCCGGACCCGCCGGUUCAUAAUUGCUUUUGUUCUUCGCUGUGAUAUUAUACACUUUCACAAAAUGGAAAAACCGUGUCGGUAUGACUUAUCCGCAAUUAAAAGGUCACUGGAGUUGGCUGAAACUCUUGCUAGUGUUAGCUUGAUGACAUCGCCAGCUGCAAGACGACGUUUACAAGCAAGAAGUGUUGAAUUAGGACUACGGCCAGGUCAGCCGUAUGAACCACCCAGGGAAUUACUUUUGUACUUGGUUAGGAUGGGAAGUUUUACAUCAACUGUGAAAAUUGACAAUGAAGAUUCCCAAGACAAGGAUUUAAAGUUUGAAAAUCAUGUGACCUAUCAACAAUUACUUGAAUAUUGCCGUACUCAUGAUAAUCAAUGGCCUAACUCACAACUUAUAAAAAGAACAUUUACAUCUAUCCCAUAUGACCCAGAUAGUGUUGAUGGAAAUCCUGUAAGAGUACUCCAAUGGAACGUUCUAUCACAAGCAUUGGGACAAAAUAAUGAUAGAUUUGACAGUUGUCCUUUAGAAGCUUUAGAAUGGAAACAUAGGAGAUGUCAUAUGCUUGAAGAAAUUCUUAGACAUAAUCCUGAUAUUAUUUGUUUACAGGAAGUUGAUCAUUUCGAUUUCCUCAGCAGAGCUUUGGCAACGCAAUCCUAUAGCGGACUAUUUGUACCUAAACCAGAUUCACCAUGUGUGUAUAUAAAUGAUAAUAAUGGACCUGAUGGUUGUGCAAUAUUUUACAAAAAUGAUAAAUUUGAUUUAUUAGAAAAACAUGAUAAAGUAUUGCAAGUAUGGACAGUGCACAGCAAUCAGGUGUCAUUACUGUUGAUACUUAAAGAUAAAAAUACACAAAAAGAGUUAUGCGUUGCUACUACGCAUUUAAAAGCUCGUAAAGGAGCAUUGUUAUCAACCUUGCGAAAUGAACAAGGGAAAGAUUUGCUGCAAUUCAUAUCUUCCCAUGCAGCUGGACGUCCAACAAUUGUUUGUGGUGAUUUUAAUGCAGAACCUACAGAACCAGUUUACAGUACCAUGUGCAGUUGUUCUUAUUUACCACUAGAUAGUGCUUAUAAGUUGUCUGGCUCAGAACCGCUGUACACUUCUUGGAAGAUUCGUGGAGGCGAAGGCGAAGUUAUGCAUACCAUUGACUACAUGUUUUACACUAAACAUAAAUUAACUGUUAGUAACAUAUUAGACAUGCCAAAAGAAAUUGAUAUUGGUGAAAAUAGAGUACCAUCUAUGACGUAUCCAUCAGAUCAUUUUUCUUUGAUAAGUGAUUUUUAUUUUAACACCAAUACAAAUGUUUGUGAAUAGCUUUAUUUUUAUAAUUUUAUUUCAACAAUAGUAUUUACAGUAACCUCAUUAAUCCAUGCCUCAUUAGACCAGACAGCCGUUUAAGACUGUUUUCGUGUUAAUUUUUGAAUACAUAUAAUAAAAAUGAAAACAAAUUCCACCAAUUGCCUGCAUAUUAUUGCAAUUAUUUACCAAUUACAUGUCAUUCGCGUUAUACAAUAUUCAAUUAGGACAGUCGGUUGCUUAUUACGGUUCAGAGUGUUUCGUAUAUAACAUAUUGUUAAAUUUAUAUUUUAUUUAUUAUUAUUUAUUAGUAUAAGCAUACAUACUUUGAUGUAACCUAGUCAAGGUAAAAAAAAAAAAAAAAUACAAAAGAUCAACAGUUUGUUCAAUCCAGUACAAUGAUUAUAAGUAUAUAUUUAAUGAUUUUGUAGGGUCUAAUACUAUGUAUGUAUUUUGAAUAUUAUAAUACAUAAUUUUUGCCUAUUUUAUUAAAUCUAGACUUUCAUCAAACCAGACAACCUAGAGCCCUAAUAAAUCCAGAUUAAUGAGGUUUUACUGUAUCUGCACCUUUUCGUGUAAAAAUUAUAAGGUAGAUAAUUUUUGUUUUAAUAUUGGAUUGAGUAUUGACAAUAUAAUUUAUUAUAAAUUAUUUUAAAGUUUGGUAAUGUUGACCAUAUAUUGUUAGUCCAAUAGUAUUUACUUAAAAUUUGUGUACGUAGUAUUUGGUUCGAAUACUUAUUUAUUUUUACCAUUUUACCAACUAUAUGACGUUAUAAGCACAACGAAAGAACUAAAUAACCAUAAAUUAAAGAAUUGUAAUUAAUGAUUGUGUUUACCAAUCAAGACUAAAAAUAUAGUAAACAUAUUUAUUUAAAAAAAAAAA